CUGUCGCUUGAGCAAUUCACAAUUCAAUAACAUGAAUGCGUGCGUCAGCGCUGAAGAAAUGCUGUCGAGAGCGUGUUUCAGGUAGAUAGCGAGCGUGACGCAAUGACAAAGAACAUAAGUGGUGCCCACCUAUACUGGGCGCAACCCCAGGCGAUAUCAAGGUGGUUGCGGCAACAAAGUGCCGAAGCGCAUCGAGCUAUAUCGUCGAGGAUGUCCCUCCAACCACGGGCGUUGCACUGGACCAUUGGAAGGCGCCGCGGAGUGGAUCAGCAGAGUUCUGCACGCAGCACAUUCGUGCAUUGCUCAAGGCCAGCCAGCGAUUCGCGCCUGGCAGAAGCGCAAUUUGGCGACCGGGUCAAGAAAGGUAAAUCCAGCGAGAGCUCACGGGCCAUCGAGUGCCGAACGCACGAGCUGCUUCUGGUGUGGGCGUAUCUUGGCUGGCUCAUGGUUUUCCAACUCAAGCCUAGCAAAUGUUGGAGACGAAGCCACUCUGGGGAGGUCGCAAGCCAUCAGCGCCAUCUUCGCGAAAGAACGCCUGAUGCAGUGAUCGACAUCUUCCAAGAACUACCCGGCGAACCAGAGGUGAUGUGGGAGUGGCGGAUGAGUUUCCAUCUACGUGGAGCACGCUAGCUUGUCACGCCUGCGCAGAGCGCGUGGUGUAUGCAGACGAUAGAGCUUCUGCGUUCUCACUCAACAUCGCAUCGAUAGCCGUUUCAACAGUGCUCGCAACUGCCUCUCCGCGGUUGCUAGAAGCUCACAGCGCGUCUAGACCUGUCAGCCUCA